UUGGGCUUUCGAGACCAGAGAUGAUUAAAACCCGUUCAUCUAAUGUCAAAGGAACUUUUGGCUAUCUUGAUCCUGAAUACGUGUCAACAAAAACUUUUACCAAGAAAAGUGAUGUUUAUAGUUUUGGUGUGCUACUCUUUGAAUUGAUUACUGGCAGGAAUCCACAGCAGGGCAUGAUGGAAUAUGUGAAACUAGCAGCCAUGGAAGCCGAGAGUAAGGUUGGAUGGGAAGAAAUUGUGGAUUCACAGCUUAAUGGAAAAUAUGAUGUGCCUAGGCUUAAUGAUAUGGCUUGUCUUGCUUUGAAAUGUGUCAGUGAAGCAUCCAGAGACCGACCUUCCAUGAGGGACAUUGCUGGAUCAUUAUCUCAGCUCUAUAAGAAGCAGCAUUAUUGUAGAGAUGAUAAUACACAGUCUCCUGCUGCAGUAAAUGAAGUUUCCAUUGAAGUGGAACGUCUAAAAAUCCAGGAAUUUUCAUCCACAGAGCGCUCAAUCUUGUUGCACAGAUUGCAUAGCCGAUGAUGUUAUGUGUGGUGUGAUUUUGGAUAUCUGUAAAUAUUUGUUUUGUAUACCCUUUUUUUCUUAUUAUAUGUAGAUAUCUAGUGUUAUCUUGGAUUAUUAUAAGGACUUAGAUUCUCUACAUUUACUUUAGUGAAUGUAUCAUAGGAAGUAAAGAGAUAACGGGCAUAUAACCUCGGGUUCAGCUGUUCAGGAAUCAUUCACACUCAUAUUUUGUUGUGUCAGUCUCUCUUUAAAUGGUUUUGACUGCACAAAUGCAGGAGAGCUACUUUCUUGGUUUGGAUGGAAGGAAAGUUGGGAGGAAAAUAGAAGGGAGAGAAAACUGCCAAGGCCAUUUUCUCUCAUAGUAUUCUUUUCUUCUUGUCUCCCCAUCUAAACCACGGGUAAAGUUUGGAUUGGGAUUACCAGAUUUGAU